AUGCCCAUCCGCAUCGCCGCAUGGCCGCUCGUCUCCGACGCCGCCAUUCGCCCACGACGCAGCGCCGAUGUCUUUUCGCCCCUCGCCCGUUCCUGCCGACGUCUGCCCACCGGCGUCCUCUCGCCGCGCGAUCCCGCACGCAAGCCGACGUCAAUCAAGUCGGCGCUUACCGCCUCGAGCCUGGAUGGUGCUACGCUCUUGAGUUCUUCUCGACGGCAAGCAUCCUCCCGAGGCAAAACAACUCCCACCGCACGCCUCGCUCGCCGUCGAAUCGCCAUUGUCGAGUCGAGGCCGCUGCUGAUCGACACCGCUGCGUCGGGCUCGCCGGAACUUCCCUUGUUUGCGCCGCCCCAGAUGCCUGCGGCGACGUCGAACCCGUCCGUCUCCCCGGCGCGCCGCGUCGAGCAUCACCGACCGUCCCUGCCGUUCGUCCACCCGGGCCAGAACCCGUUUACCAACCCCCGGCCGAUGCAAUCGCCGCAGAAUUCCCAUGCGGGCCCUGCCUUCUCCGGCCUCUACACGACGCCGGCGCCUCACGGGCAUCGCUCGCGCGGCAGCAUCGGCUACGUGAGCAACGGCAGCGGCUCCGGCGCCGGCCUCGGCGUUCUCCCGACGCCCGACCCGACGGUCGGAAGCUGCAUGUCGGAGGAGGACAAGGAUGUCGCCAUCCAGCUCAUGAGGCUCGGCGAGUCCUCCAACGUCUCCCACGGCCGCACCUCGGCCUCGACCUUGGACGAUACCUUCAGCGGCAAGGCCGACGCGGCCUCGUCCACGGGCGCCACCAGCGACGGCGAGAGCGAGAGCGAGGACGAGCUCCCGGCGGCCCGUCGCCAGAAGCUCGACGCCCCCGACGGCGCGAAGCGGAUAUACCAGACGACGGAGGCGCAUUUCAUUCCCACCACGGAGGUGGUGGGUGGCGGCGAUGCCAAGGUCGAAGACGGCGCCGGCACGCCCGCCGUCGAAGGCAAGCCCUUCCCGGCGAGGAAGCAGCCGGCGGCGAAGCAGAAGUCGGCCUCGGCCGCGCCCAAGGCGGCGACGCAAAAGGCCAAGGCCGCGCGCCCUGCCGGCCUCAAGACGAAGAAGGCGUCGGCGCCGCCGGCCUCGGCGACGAGCGGGCCCAUGUCGCCGGCCUCGACGACGCACUCGCGCAAGCCGUCCGUCGCCUCUGUCGGCCACGUCGCGCAGGCCGGCGGCGAGGAGGAUCACCCGGACCUGUCGACGAAGCCUCGCUGCCAGCGCUGCCGCAAGAGCAAGAAGGGCUGCGACCGUCAGCGACCCUGCGGACGCUGCCGCGACGCCGGCCUCUCCGCCGACCAGUGCAUCAGCGAGGACGAGGGCAACGGUCGCAAGGGCCGAUACGGUCGCCACAUGGGUGUCCCGCUCAAGAAGGACGAGGCGCAGGCCCUGACCCAACCCGCUCUGCUUCCCGCCGCCCCCAUCACCAUGGCCGCCUCGACGACUACCGACAAGGCCAGGAAGCGCAAGCGGUAG